AAUGCAACAAAAGAAUAAAAUAAAGCAUUUUAUGGUGGAAAUUUCAGCCACACAGAACUUGCAUCCAUGCUUAAGCUAAGAUGAAACUUGGAGAGAGAGAGAGAGAGAGAGGGUUUAAGGGAAGUUUUAGGUCUACCAACUGGUGGUUAGAGAUUGGCACUCCAUAACCAAACAUCAUCAAUAACAGCAAAGAAUUAACCAAGUCAAGCAACAAAGAAUAACAACAGCAGCAGCAGCAAGCAGAUAAGAAGAAAGAAAGUUAGAAUAGAGAUUUGUGUGGUUCUCUCUUUCUGCAUUUCUAUAAACUAGGAGAGCAGGGAAAGGGGUUUAGGAGGAUAUUAAGAGAAAGACAUGAUUUUUAUUAUGUGAUUGUGGGGCUUGGGAAUAGGUAAAGAGAGGAGUGAGGACCCUUUUUUAGGGGGUUUCAUUUCGUGGUGUAGAUAUAUGAGAGAAAGUGGAAGAGAGAAAGAGACUUUGUGCAUAAAUCUCACGUGGGAAUAGAUAAAAAGAGUAAAUGAUGAAUGAACAUAUGUAGAAUAUCAUAAAGGUGAUAGGAAAGAGUUAAAAGGGGUGAUAAUGUUCUUGUACUUUGAACUUUGAAAAAAUUGCUACUCUACCAUACUAGACAACGGAAGAGAAAAUAGGCUUCUGUUUUCUUUCUUGGGUUUCCUUACUACUUCCUAUUUCUUGUUUCUUUUGUGAGAGUGUGUGUAUGAGAGAGAGGAGAAAGGGAUGAUGGUUGGUGUACAAGUCUCGGGAUCUGUUUGUUUGUAUUAAAGGUUGAUUAUUUUAGGCGGAUCCGGGAGCUUCUGUUUCCCACAAAGCACACAACUCAAACUGAAAUUCAGGGCUCUUUGACUACCUCUCUCUGGCUGAUUGUGAGGAAGAAAAAGAUUAGGCUUUUCAACUCAGAAUAGAAUUCAGCAGAAGCAAUAUCUUGAAAAAGGAAAGAAAGAUGGGCAUGUAUUUUCCAAUGCCAAACAAUCAAAUUCAAAGGGAUGCUGCAACAAUGCUAUACUUAAGGGAGCCUCUGCCCAGUUCUCAUUCAGAAACACCAGUUCUUCCAGGAAAUACAAUGUAUAUGAAUUUCCCAUCUUCUUCAGGGCCAUACUCUGAUGCACUGGCUGGGAAUUCCCAGAGUGUGAAUGUUCAGCCAGUUGCUUCAGAUUCCAAUACAUCACAACAAGAACUUCUAUUGCAGUUUGGCGGCUCACGGGCUGUAGAAAACCAGUUAAUGCAUCGGCAAGGGGAAUCUUCAGAUAUUCUUCAAGGUGCUCCAAACUUGCAGGGUCAAGGAUUAUCCCUUAGUCUCAGCACAAAUGUACCAUCAGUAAUGCAAAUAUCACCUACUCAAUACCAGAAUAAUAACCCGGUUUUCUCUUCAAUCUUGGGUCCUAAUACUUUGAUGCCUGGGGAGGAUAGUGGCAGGAAUAUAUCUUUCGGAAAUGAGGAUAAUUUUCAGACUAAGCCACCUGGGGAGAAUAGAAAUUGCAUGGUUUCUCAUGUUUCGGGAAUCAAUUCAGAUGGGACAAAUGAUAUUUCUACAUAUGGUAUGCCAAGUAUUGCAAGAGCUGUUCCUAAUUCCAAAUAUUUGAAAGCGGCUCAACAAUUGCUUGAUGAGAUAGUUAAUGUCAAGAAAGCCAUCAAGGAGCAAAAUGCCAAAAAAGAGUUAAUGAAGGAAUCCAAAGAAGUUGAAGGGGAAUUUGGGGAUGGAGCUUCAGAUCCAUCUGCAGCUGCUGCUUCUUCAGUCCCACCUAAGCCAAUUGGGAAUCCUCAGAACGAGCUCUCAGUAGCCGAAAGACAGGAACUUCAAAAUAAAAUUACCAAGCUUUUGUCCAUGUUGGAUGAGGUUGACAGGCGAUACAGACAGUAUUACCAUCAAAUGCAGAUCAUUGUGUCGUCCUUUGAUUUGGUAGCAGGAUCUGGAGCCGCUAAACCAUACACAGCACUUGCACUUCAGACAAUUUCACGUCACUUUCGCUGCCUGCGUGAUGCUAUAAAUGGCCAGAUUCUUGUUGCACGAAAGAACCUUGGCGAAGAAGAUGCUUCUUCAAACGACAAAGGAGUCGGAAUAUCCCGUCUUCGAUAUGUGGAUCAGCAGCUCAGACAACAGAGAGCCCUUCAGCAGCUUGGCAUGAUACAACAGCACUCCUGGAGGCCGCAAAGGGGACUCCCAGAAACCUCUGUUUCCAUCUUGCGAGCUUGGCUUUUUGAACACUUCCUCCAUCCUUACCCAAAAGAUUCUGACAAGAUCAUGUUAGCAAGGCAGACGGGGUUAACAAGAAGUCAGGUCUCAAACUGGUUCAUAAAUGCACGAGUCCGACUUUGGAAGCCCAUGGUUGAAGAAAUGUACAAAGAAGAAAUUGGUGAUGCUGAUAUCGACUCCAACUCUUCUUCUGAAACCAUACCAAGAGCUGCAAAGACUGGUCGAAAAGCCUCAGAAGACAAAGGAGAAGACGUUCAUCAAACUGCAACUUCCACAGGGCGACUCAUGGAGUCAAAAUCUGAUCAAAUGACUGAUGUACAAAUGAUAGGAUCAGAUACUUAUUCCAUUUACCAGAACAUGAUCCCGGCAGAACCUCAAAUCGAUUAUGGGGUAGGAAAAACAAGAGAGGGGCUAAAGCAAACCAACGACUCUAAUCCUUUUCCAGAUUCAAUGGUAGAUCCGGAUUGUGGCAAUGAUAGUAGAAUGCUAGCCGCCUACCAAAUGUCGGAACUGGAAAGAUUUGGCAAUGUUAGUGGAGUAUCACUCACAUUAGGAUUACAGCAGUGUGAGGGCAAUCGUGGCUUUGUUCCCUUGAGAGACACUGAUGUAUAUAACACAGCAGCUUCAGCUAUGGGGAAUGAGACAGCAGAAUUCGACUGCAUAGAUUCAGGAAACCGACCACAUCAACUCGUCUCAUCCCUCCUCCCAUCUUUUACAUGACUUAGUAGCAUCAGAAAUGCUACUGACAGGAGUCACUUCUGCUGUAGUUUUAUGGAGUAGUUUCAACAGCAGAAUGGAGGGUCGUUUUUUCAUCAAUUCGAACGGCUACAGAUCCUAUAUGCUAAGAGCAAGAAGCUCAGGUUUCUUCCAAAUGAAAAUUUGUGAAUGUACUGAUGUAGGAAAAGAUUGGUCGUAAGGCGGUAUUUGUAAAGAAUCGCGUGUUUGGUCUAAUGUAGAAACCAGAAUACCAUGAUUUUGUUGUACUCCAUUAAAGAAUAAGAGAACCUUUCCAUCCCAAGAAAA